AUGAGCUUCAACAGCGCCAUGUGGCGCUUCGACGAGGGCGUCACCGGCCUCUUCGGCCAGUGGAACAUCUACUCCACUGUCCUCGUCACGCUACUCAUCGGCAUCGUCACCUUCCACUUGUACACACGCACGGAGCCCGACACUCACCCCAUGCUCCUUGCUCGCCAGGCUCAAGGCUCGCCCGUGCGCCAGGAGGGCGAGUCGCCCGUCUACCGCUCGCGCAGCGCCCCGCACGGCAUGCCGCUGAACACCGGCCUCGACGUGCGCGACCCCGGCGUGUCCAAGUGGGCCAAGGGCCGCGACGGCGACCUGCGCGACAUCUGGCGGCGCGCUGUUGGCGGCGUCCCGGAGAGUGACGCUCCCUCGGGCCCUGCUGUUCCCGCGGCGUCGGCUGUCCCGAAGCCUGUUGUGGGCGCCCGUGGCCGCAUCCUGACCUCGUUCGGCACCGAUAGCGUCGUCGAGACGUCGCUCGAAGACGUCACCCGCCAGAUCAACCUCAUUGGCCAGCACAUCCUCGACCAGGGCGGUGCGCGCGUCGCCAUCUACCUGCCCAACUCAGUCGAGUUCCUCGCCAGCCUGUUCGCCUGUAGCUUCUACAACAUGACCGCCAUCCUGCUGCCUUUUGACCAGAAGGACGACGCUGUGCUGGUGUCGAUGCUCCGCCGCUCCGCCGCCGAUACCGUCAUCACUGCUCCUGGCUGCUUUCCCUUUGACACUGUCGUCCAGAGCUACCCAGCCCUGCGCCAGCUGAUCUGGGUCGUCGACGAGGGCAGCGCCCACCUUGACUGGAACGAGGUGCCCGAGGGCACGGGCGGCAGUGUCAACGUGUCCACCUGGCAGGACGUCGUCAACGAUGCGCCGCAGGCCGCUGGCCGCGAGCUGCCGGUGCUCGAGGGCCAGUCGCAGCCGCGCGACGUCACCAUUUUCUGGGAGCCCUUUCGCGACGAGAAUGGCGCCAGCUCGAGCGCCGCCGCGUCGGGCAUCGAGGAGAUGGUCCGCUUCACCAGCGACAACCUUGUGUCCGCCGUUGCCGCGCAGCUGUUCGCCGUGCCCUCUGCGCAGCGUGUUGGGCCUUCGGACCUGUUUCUGCCUGCCGACUCUCUCACUCACACGCACACUCUCGUCCUGACCCUUGCCGCGCUCUACUCCAAUGCCUCGGUCGUGUUCAACAGCGUCGCGCCCCGCGCCGCCGAUCUUUCCAUGGCGACCCGUGGCACUGCGCCCACGAUUGUGGUGGCCACGCCGUCCUCCGUGCUUGCCACCCACGACGAGUCUGUCCGCCUCCUGGGCAACGGUGCCUUUGCGUCGUUUUUCCUUAAAUGGCAAACGCGCGCUCUGACCGAGGGCGGCGUCAUCCCCGCUGCUACCUCUUUUGUCAGCCGCUUUUUCGACAGCGUGCGCCCCGCUGUCGGGAAGACCCCCGGCAAGCUGCGGCUGUUAUACGUGGCCGAGCGCGCGGCUGCCGGUACGCCCGCCCUUUCGGCCACCGUCCUGUCUAAUCUGCGCAUCUUCACGGGCGCGCGCGUCAUCUACGCGCUGGCCAGUGCCAAGGUGGCCGGUGCCGCGGCCCAGACAGCCUUUUACGACUACCGUGUGGCCCCCGGCAAGUAUGCGCCCUUCGGCUCUCCUUUAACGAGCACCGAAUACCUAGUGCGCAGCAAGGGUCAGAACGAAGUGACUGAUGAUAAGCUCGAAGGCGAGAUUAUCAUUCGCGGCCCGUCUGUUGUGGGCAACGAGGCUGCUCUGGGCGUCAUCGGCGCCAUCCGGGACGACAACACGCUGGCGUAUGUCUAA